GCAGACCUUUGCGAUGGGCUUUGUGGGCAUUUGGACGCAGAUAUUGCAGCAAGCAACGCAAGAUCAGACCUGUCACUCAUGGCGUUGCGUCGCCCUGCGCAGAACGGCUCGAUAGUUAGCUUGGGAUCAGAUGCUUGGAUAGCCUUCCUUGGAUUGCCAGGGCCAAGGGCCAUCGCGAUGUGGGGUGCGCAGCCACAGUACGGCGCCUGGCCGCAGCAAUGGCAGCAAGCGGCGCCCCCGCCCCCUCCGGGCGGCAGGCCGCCUGCGCCUGGCGGGAACGUGCCUGUGGCAGGGGUCAGCAAGGCGAGCGGAGGCGUCAGCGCUCAAAGCAAAUCAGCCGGGCCCCCACCUGCUGCGCCUGCGCCAAGUAAGGCGGGCGCGGUGCCGCCGCCUCCACAGCAGGCGGCGCAUUCGCAGCAGCUGCUGCAGCAGCAGCAGCUGGCGGCCGCAGCACAGGCCCAGCAAGAGCAGGCGGCCGCCAUGCUCUUUGGCAUGGGCUGCAUGAACCCCAUGAACAUGAUGGGCAUGAACAUGGGUUAUAUGAUGCCUGGAAUGGAUAUGACUGCCUUGAUGGCAGGCACCAUGCCUCAGGCACAGGCCACCCCAGAGGCGAUUCAGGCAGCUCAAGCGCAGCAGCAAGCGGCAGCGAGCCCCGCUGCUGCGCAGCAGCAGCAAAUGCUGCUGCAGCAGCAACAGCUGCAGCAGCAACAGCUGCAACAGCAACAGCAGCAGUCGCAGAAGCCACAGCCGGUACAGCCAGGACCUGUGCCGGCGCUUGGGACUGCCCAGGCACAGCAAAAGCCCGGCGCAAAGGCAGAUGACGAUGAAGAGGCUCCCUGGAAGCGGUCCAGACGUGCCAGGAAGGAGGAGGCCAAGGACAACAAGGAGAACGGUGCUCACGCUGCCAAGGAGUUGAACGGAGAUGCUCAUCAUGCCAAAGAGCCUGAGAAGGUCGAGGUGGCCAAAGUUGAGACCAGCGACAUGGCCAUUGACAAGGAGAAGGAGACGCAGAAGAAGGACAGCGACAGCUCAGAGGACGAGAAGCCGAAAGCGAAGUCAGACAGCUCUGACAGCAGCGAUGACAAGCGCAAGCGGAAGAAGUCUCAGUCGGCGGAGGCUAAGAAGGCUAAGUCGAGCAGUUCAAGCGAUGAUGAGAAGAAGAAAAAGAAGGCGGAUAGCUCCGACGACGAGAAGGAGAAGAAGAAGGCGGAUAGCUCCGACGACGAGAAGGAGAAGAAGAAGGCGGAUAGCUCCGACGAUGAGAAGGAGAAGAAAAAGGCUGAUAGCUCCGACGAUGAGAAGGAGAAGAAGAAGGCUGAUAGCUCCGACGAUGAGAAGGAGAAGAAGAAGGCUGAUAGCUCCGACGAUGAGAAGGAGAAGAAGAAGGCUGAUAGCUCUGACGACGAGAAGGAGAAGAAGAAGGCUGAUAGCUCCGAUGAUGAGAAGGAGAAGAAGAAGGCUGAUAGCUCCGAUGAUGAGAAGGAGAAGAAGAAGGCUGAUAGCUCUGACGAUGAGAAGGAGAAGAAGAAGGCUGAUAGCUCCGACGAUGAGAAGGAGAAGAAGAAGGCUGAUAGCUCCGACGAUGAGAAGGACAAGAAGAAGGCUGAUAGCUCUGACGACGAGAAGGAGAAGAAGAAGGCUGAUAGCUCCGACGAUGAGAAGGAGAAGAAAAAGGCUGACAGCUCUGACGACGAGAAGGAGAAGAAAAAGGCUGAUAGCUCCGAUGAUGAGAAGGAGAAGAAGAAGGCUGAUAGCUCUGACGAUGAGAAGGAGAAGGAGAAGGAAAGGGAAGAAGACAAAAAGGCGGAGGAGAAGAGGAGCCGCCAAUGGAGAAGACAGACGUGGAAGAGGAAGACGAAGAGGAGGCGAAGACCAGUGUGGCUGCCGAAUCUGAGGCGGAGGACUUCGACGGGGUGAAGUUCAAGCUGCUCUUCGGCAGCCAGGACGACCUCGCCGGCAGCGCGCAGGCUUUCGACCUGGCUCAGGGCGGGGAGCCGGUGACCGCCGGACGCUACGUCAAGAACUCUGUAGUGCUGACGCCUCUAGGCAUCUCCAACAAGCACCUCUCCUUCGAGUUGAUCCCGGAGAAGGAAGCCGAGGCGGCCAAUGAAGCCGAGAAGGCGAAGCCUCGCUUGGGCCUCCGAGACGUCUCCUCCAACGGCACCGGGCUAGCGCCGCCCGGGGGAAUUCUGAAAAGAAUCGCCAAAGGCGAGCUGAUGCCCGUGGAGGACGGCUCGAUUGUGGUGCUCCCAAUGCGCUUGAGGCGCGGGGACCCCAACGGGGAUAGCAGCCGAGCAUGGUUUUCCAUCCACAUUGGCAAGCAGGUGCCCCCAGAGCCGCCAGCCAGACCAGAGAUUCUGGAGUCGGAGGGCACCCCUGCUCCUGCAGGGCAAGCGGUGCAAAAAAAAGAGGAUGAAGAUGCAGAGAGUGAGACAGAAAAAGAGGCAGAGGAGGAGGAUGAGGAGAAGGAGAAGGACGAGGAG